AAUAGUUCAUAAAUUACUAAACUGGCGCUGGUAUCACUAAACAGUUUCACCGAAUUCGAACUGUCAAUGUCAAAAUCAUAUGUUAUUUCACAUCUUUUUCCUUUUUCAUGGUGUGUUGGAAAAACUAAUGAAAAAUGAAUUAUAAAAUCUGUUCCAAUCUUAUAUCGUCGGGCUUGCGAAUUUGCGGUAGCGCAAGUCAAAUUGCCGCGAGAAACUUCCAUAUUAUGACAAAACCAAACCUUCAACCACAAAUAUCCGCAUUACCAUCAUCCGUAAUGCAACCACAACUUACCGGAUCUUAUAUUCAAAGAUUUCUAGCUCCAAUUAAUACUAUUAUCUCACAAGUUGCUGGAUUUAAAGUCAAGGGUCGUUUGAAGAGACGUUGCAAGGAUUGUUAUUUUGUUAUCAGAGAUCGUCGUCAUUAUGUCAUCUGUCCAACACACCCGCGCCACAAGCAAAUGUCAAUGAAGAAGCGUGAUUAUAAAACUUGGAUUCUUACCGAUGCAACACAAAGUAAAGUGCGUCCUUUUUAAGGAAGUGGGCUCAUAAAAUAUUGAAGGAUUUUAUGUAAAAUGAAUUAGCGAUUAUAUUAAAAUUAUGUUUAAAAGCCUA